CACGCGCCAAACGCGCGCACUAACGAUAGCCCACUAAAUGGGCGCGCGAGUCACUGCUCGUAGCCUCCCAAGUCGCACUGAUGUCUCUCUCAGCGUGGACGCAACGUCACGUCCUGCACUUGAAUCUGAAGUCUUAUCCCAUUCUACGGAGGCAAUCCCAGCCACACACACACGCGGGAUUCUCCUAAAGCGAUAGGACAAACUCGACACUGUGAAAGGAGAAAGAGACAUCAGGAAACAUUGGACCUCGGCUGUUUGGAAGGAGACAAAUAGGAGGUGUUCUGACUGGCUGGCUGUUGGUCUGUCUCCGUCUCCCUCUGUCAACUCCUCGAGCGGAGAGUUCUGUGCCAUUCCUUUCGCUACUGUCAAGACUCGCACCGCGAGGACUGAAUGGUGCCAAAGCUCACAGCACCUAGCAGACCCAACACCGGUGGAAUUUUUUGGGUUCAGUUAUUGAAUUAAUAGGACAUUUGUUGUAAUUCUGCAAGAAAAUAACAGAGGAGAAGAGGUGACAGUUGAAUCGAAUAUUGGCCCAUCGAGCGAAGAGUGGCAUCCACGGUAGGCUACCCCAGUAGUGAACGCAGAGGGCAGAGGGCACCUCGUCAGAAUUCCAAUUCUUUUUAUUCUCUGCAAUUAUUGCAGUAAUUCCGUUGAGGUUAUUGACACAAAAUAACCAAGCAGAAAUAUUUGCAUGAACUUGCAUGUGUCUGCUGUAACUCCAACAGUUUAACCCCUCCAGGUGUUGCGCUUAGGGUGAAAUAAUUCUGCGAGGACUGGUCAGUUGACAAACGUUUUACCCGCCUUUCAACAACUGCAAUAAAAAAACUUGGCUCUUUUUCACUUACUGUAGCUUCAUGUUAGUCGUCUCAAUUCGAAGCACUUUGAAAAAGUUACCGGGCACCAGACCAGCGGAGCACCACGGAGCAAGCCGAACCCACGCGCAGUUUUCCGGGCGAUGCCAGAGUAGAUGCAGGGGCAAUGUCCCGUCGCAAGCAGGGGAACCCUCAGCACCUAUCACUGUCUCAAAGAGAAACAAUACGACCCGAGGCCAAUCAUGAGUCGGGGGUGGGAACUCGACCCCCGGAGCCGUCCACUCCCAGCCCCACUCCCACUCUGAGGAGGGCAGGGCCAGGGGAGCAUGACCUCCUGACCUGUGGGAGGUGCCAGACCAACUUCCUCCUGGGAGACAUCCUGGUCUUCAUAGAACACAAAAGGAGACUGUGCAGUGGAGGAGUCCGCGCCCCUGGGGGGUUCUCCAAACCGGGCGAGAGGGGGACCCCCAUCUUGGCACGAGGAGGGGCGGUGCCAGUGGAGGUGGGGGUGCAGGUGACCCCACAUGGGGAUGAGGAAGAGGAGAGGAGGCUGACGCCCGCUAAAGGAAUCUGUCCCAAGCAGGAAAGAGGAAACUCAGGUAAAGAUGAGCCAUCCAGCUACAUCUGCACCUCCUGUAAACAGACCUUCACCAGCGCCUGGUUCCUGCUCCAGCAUGCCCAACACACACAUGGCAUCAGAAUCUACCUGGACACCCACCCCUCCAACUACACCCUCACCCCUCGCAUGGCCCUCCCCCCUCCCAUGGGUGGGGGAGACUCCCUGCCCCGUUCUCCCUUACCAACGUUUCUAGGGGACACCUCCAACCCCUUUCACCUCCUCCGGAUGGCGGCUCCACUACUCAGGGAGUAUCACCGACCCCACCACCACCACCACUCCCAUCCACCUCCGGCGUAUCUUGACACCCGGCUCCCCGCCACCCCACCCUUUGUCAGCCCCCCGGCCCCCAGGCAUCCCCUUGAACGCCUGGGUCCAGAGGAGAUGGGGUCCCUGUUUUCCCAGCACCCCAGUGCCUUUGAGAGGGUGAUGCGUCUAACCCCAAUGGAUCCUCCUUCCAUGGACUUUUCCAGAAGGCUCAGAGAGCUGGCGGUUGGCAACAAUACUAACAACGGAGGCCCUACACCCCCUCUCUCGCCCACCCGGGUGCCCCCCAUGCACCGCCUGCUGAGUCCAACCCUCUUCCAGCCAGGCUCCAAGCACCCACCGUUCCUCACCUACCCCCCACAGCCCCCCACGCCUCAGGGAGACCCAUCCACUACUCCCCAGGGCCAGAACCAAGCCCAGGUCCAGGCCCAAGCCAAGUCCAAGUCCUGUGAGUUCUGUGGGAAGACCUUCAAGUUCCAGAGCAACCUGAUAGUCCACAGACGGAGUCACACAGGAGAGAGGCCCUACAAGUGUCAUCUGUGUGCCCAUGCCUGUUCUCAAGCCUCCAAACUGAAGAGACACAUGAAGACACACAUACACAAGUCAGGCUCCAUGGGUAACUCCCCUGAACAGGGGAACAGAGGAGAGGGAGGAGAUGGGGAGGGGAAGAGCAGAGAGGGGGAGGGGAAAAUGGGGAUGGACAACGAGGAGGAGGAAGAGGAGGAGGAAGAGGAAGAAGAGGAGGAUGAAAUGGAGGAUGAGGAGGAGAUGAGGAACGGCCUAAGUAGGCCUGAGUCUAACCUGACCAUGGACUCAGAGUUCCACAGGAACAUGGAAAACGGUUCGAGGCCUUCCCCAGACGAGAAGCCUCACGGUGGGGAUAGAGUGAUGGAGAACGGAGGGGUGGGUAUCAUGCACCCAUAUAACCACCUGGACAAUCACCUGAGACUGGCCCCUUCCAAGCGGACCAUGAGUCUGGACAGGGAGAGGCAUCCUAAUGGACAGUCGGGAGAAGGAGGAGAUGCUGGGAGGGGGGAGAUGGAGAGAGAGAGGGACAGAGAGCGAGCGAUGGACAGAGCGAUGGACAGAGAGAGAGAAAGUGGAAGAGAGGAGAGGCCCUUGAUGAACGGAAGGAUUAGUGGGUCAGAAGACUCCUUCACUGGACUGUUCCACCGCCGGCCCACCCCCAUCACCUGCCCCAACCCCUCCAACAAGAGAAUCAAGGUGGAGAAGGAGUUGGAGCUCCCUCCAGCGCCGACCCUCAUCUCCCCAGAGAACAUGUACUCCCAGCUCCUGGCGGGUUACGCCGCUUCACGCCACUUCAUCAGAGAACCUUUCCUCCACGGCUUCAGCGACGCCCGCCAGUCCCCCUUCGCCACCUCCUCAGAGCACUCCUCCUCCGAGACGGGGUCUCUCCGCUUCUCCACCCCUCCUGGGGAGUUCCUGGAGGGCAGCUCCACCCCUCACCUCCUGCGGGGUCCCGGGCCGGGUCGACCACCUAGUAAGGAGAGCCGACGGAGCGACACCUGCGAGUACUGUGGGAAGAUAUUCAAGAACUGCAGCAACCUGACGGUGCACCGGCGCAGCCACACGGGAGAGAGGCCCUACAAGUGUGACCUGUGCAGCUACGCCUGCGCACAGAGCUCCAAGCUAACUCGCCACAUGAAGACCCAUGGGCAGUUUGGGAAGGAGGUGUACCGCUGUGACAUCUGCCACAUGCCCUUCAGCGUCUACAGCACCCUGGAGAAACACAUGAAGAAGUGGCACGGGGAACACUUGAUGGCCAGCGACGUCAAACUGGAGGAGGCUGAGAGAGGCUAGGUUACGCUAGGCUAAAGCUUAAGGCUACAGGCUAGGCUAACACAACAGACUCCUUCUGAAUGAACACUUACAGGACUUCUACACGGGGUUUGGCUGGAUAAUCUUUCUCCUCUUGAAUAUUUUGGGACAAUUUGAUGUAUGUUAUUCUGUUUUUGUCGGUUGUAUUUGUCACAGAAACUGCCACCUGAGAAACAUAAACAAAGGGAAACAUGGAAUGGGGGAUUGUUCUAGAAAUGCUUUGUUUCCCACCAACUAUUGAUCUAUCUGAGGAUUUUAUAAUUUAGGAAUCCCUGGAGCUUUUAUACUGUGCAAUAAUGUCUGUAUUUAUUGGAGUUUUGUAAAGAUAUUGGGCAUGCGCAGUAAAAACAAAACCCAUAACUGGAAACAGGUCACACUUGAUAAGAAAUAUGAUUUUAAUUGUUAACUGACUAAAUUAAUGCGAAGAGGUCAACUUCUAAAAAUUAUGAUAGCAAUGAUUUAUUUUUAAACUGUCUUAUUGUUACCCUUUUAGGUCAACAGCGGACUACAAUCCAUCUGCCUGUAUGUGACAUAGAGCACUGAAUGUCAAUAUGACAAUAAAAUAUUAAUUAUCAUUUUAGAAUUU